AUGCGGCGUGUGGAGAGGAGUAGUCGCGGUGAAGGUGAAGAUACUUUGGCAACGGGCGAGGCGAAUGUCAGGACAGACACAACUGUUGACGUGCUGCGGCGGGCCUCUCGGCACGCGCAGGGGGCGAUUGAGACGAGUUGGAUGACGACUCGCCGGCUGCAGGUGCAGGGAGAACAGCUGGAGGAGAUUGACCGCGCCCUCGACAAGAUGGAGCACGACUUGGGCGUCGGUGACGAUGCCCUGCGGCGCAUGACGUGGACAGGGAGAGUUAAGCGUUGGUUCACGUCAAGGCGGAAGCAGCCGUCGGACGGUGUCGAGUCGUCUACUUCUUCUUCGGUGCCAUCGUCCUCCCUUCCGAUCAAACCACAAGGACUGCGGGAGAAAAAUCAGCAACGGGAGGGAACACGUGGCAGCAAGCGCGACGAUGUGAUUGGUUGUGGCAGUUCCACGAGCCAUAUAGCCAUGGAGGAGGAAAAACUCUUGGAUGCGUUACUGGGCGAUGUGCAUGCCAUGCGAGAGCAGGCCACAUUGCAAGGGGCGAUGCUCACGGAACACAAUCGCCGCCUUGAUGUUAUAGCGACAAAAACCGACGCGGUUCACAAUCAUGUGAAUCGUACAAAACAGAAGGUGGAAAAAAUGCUUUAG